AUGGGCAACACAUUUUUUAUUGUUUCAACUUUCUUCAAACUGAUUUCAUUUGUGUUUUUUACACUUUCUGCUUCUGCAAAGCAGGAUGCGUGUGAUAUAAUAAUUAACAACUUUUUAUUUUAUGUACUUAAAAGGGUUGAAAAAGUCAAGAAAAAACUUUUUGAAGAAGAUAAUAUUUCUGAAAAGGACAACAUUAAAGACACUCAAAACAAAAAUAUUGUAAAGAUAAACAAGAAACUUUUUGAGUGUCAAAGAGAGACCAAGAAAAUACCCAUAUCUUCAAAUGAAAAUGAUUUUUUACUCUUUCCUUUAAAUAUGCCCAAAUAUGUUGAUGAAAUUUUAAUACCAUCUGGUGAACUUCCCAUUUUAAAAGAAUGUCCUGAUAUCAAUGAAAAUUCAUUUUUAGAUCCAGUUGAACAACAGUUUUUAGAAAAAAAAGCCAAGUCGAAAGAGAAAACGACAGCCGGAAACCUGGAAAAGAAAUGUUAA